AUGGCAGACCCUCAAGAGCUUCCUUUAAUGGGCCUAAGUUUUUACCACAGCCAAUCUCCCUUCCUUUCUUGUGAGCAGCAGCAGCAGCAGCAAGAACAAGAGCAGCAACCGCAACAGCAACAGCAGCAGCAGCACGACCCGGUUGAUCUGCUUCUUUGCGGAUGCCCUCCUAACUCGGCUCUCCGGGCUCUUUCUCAGGGUGCUUGGGAUCGGCAGCUACAGCUGCAGCAAGAUCCGCUGCAUCAGCAGCACUGGGAGCAGCGGCAGCCGGAGCAACAGCAGCAGCAGCCGCUGCAGCAGCAGCCGCUGCAGCAUCAGCAACACAUGAUGACCCAGCAGCUGAAGGGGCAGGCUCUUAGACGCCCCUUAGUUGAUUGCCCAACAGAUUGGGGCCCCCCAAUGACUGCAACGUCAUGCUCUCAUACACCGAACGAGCAACAACUGCACCAGCCGCAGCAGCAACAGCAACAGCAACAGCAGCGGCUGCAACAGCUGCAACAGCAGCAGCAGCAGCAACAGCCGGGGUCCUUCCUGCUGGAGUGGGAACAGCAGGCCCUUUUUCAGGAGCACAUGCUCCACAACAGAUAUCAAGAGAUUGUAAUGGGCCCACAGCAGCAGGAGGAGCAGCAGCAGCAACUGCAGCAGCAGCAGCAGCAGCCACAGCAGCAGCCACAGCAGCAGCAGCAGCCGGCACAGGCGCAAACUGAAUCUAUUGGGGAGCUGCUACAGUGGAAGUUCCAUGCCUGUGACCUCGGGAAAGCGCAGCAGCAGCAACAAGAUCAGCAGCAGCAGCAUGAUCAUCAGCAGCACGAUACAGGUGGAGCGAUGUGCUGCUGCUGUUCUCCUUUCUUGCCGGUGCCUACACCGGAGCGAUUCCGGGUGCAGCAGCAGCAGCGGCUGCAGCAGCAACGCAGCAGAAGAGAGCAGCUGCAGCAGCAAACUAGAGAAAUGCUGGCAACAUUUGGACCUGGUAUUGGAGGCCUUCGCGUUGAGGUCCCGUUGCAGCUUCCUGCAGCAGAAGGACUCACCCAGCAGCAGCAGCAGCAGCAACAGCAGCAGGAGAAGAAGAAGCAGCAGCAACUUGCGGAAAAACAGCACCAGCAGCUGGCAGCUCAGAAGCAACAGAAGCAGCAGCAGCAAAAGCAACAGAAGCAGCAGCAGCAGAAGCAGCAGCAGCAGCAACAUGGAAGAAAGAGACAUCAGCAGCAGCAUCAGCAUCAGCAGCAGCACAACGCCAUGCCUCCUAGCAGCCCUAUAGCUGCCUUCGGCGAUCAUCCAGUAGAGGAGACUCCGGUGCAGCACAGCAGCAACAGCGUGCUGCAGCAGCUCAUCCAGAAGCAGCAGCAGCAACUGCAGAACCAGCAGCAGCAGACACUCCCACCAAACGAACUUUUCUACUGCCCCGGAUGCCGCAAUGGGGGGUUCAUAUGCACUUGUCCAGGUGUGGAUGUACAGCAGCAACGUUGGCAGCAGCGGUGGCAGCCACAGCAGCAGCAGGAUAUCCGCGACCAUCAGCAGCAGCAGAAGGAGCAGCAGGAGCAGCUGCAAGCAAAGCAGCAGCAAGACGGGCAGCAGCAGCAACAGAUAGGCGAGACAGUGCAACCAAUAUUCUGGCCCUUCGACACGUAUCCAAUAGAUACGUUGCUGCAGCGGCGACUGCAACACCACCAGCAGCAGCAGCUGCAGCAGCAGCAGCAGCAACCGCAGCAGCAGCAGCCACGCGAUGGCUGCUGGAGCGGUUCCUUAUACAUAGAUGGCCUUACGAAGGGGCCUCAGGCUCGCAGCCCUUCCCCAAGAUUGCUGCAGCAGCAGCAAAUGCCUCUGUACCAUGAGCUGCAGCAGAAUCAGCCGCUGCAGAGCCAACUGCAGCAGCCGCAGCCAUGGGUGAUUCCCGACCCAGAGGACCAUGAUGCAGCAGCGUGGGCCUUGGCUCUCCAAAGGCAGCGCCAAGCGGAGCAGGAGCAGGAGCAGGAGCAGCAGCAGCAACCGCAGCAAGAACGGCAGCAAAAGCAAACAAGGAAGCAGCAGCAAAAGCUCCAGCCAUGCAUAAAAAUGCUGCAGGAACUGUUGCAGCCGCAGCAGCCUUCUCCGUGCCCUACAGCAGAUGCCGCUCCUUCUCUGCAAACGGAAAUCCACACAGCAGAGCAGCAAGAGCAGCAAGAGCAGCAAGAGCAGCAAGAACAGCAAGAGCAGCGAGGGCAGCAAGAUCAGCAAGAGCAGCAAGAUAAACAAGAUCAACAAGAGCCACAAGAGCAACAACCGCAGCAGCAGCAGCACCAGGGGCCCCACUGGAUGCCAGAGCACCCUCAUUGGCUGCCCAAAUACGAGCCUCAUCCAGACUGGUUUAUACUGCAGCAGCAGAAGCAGCAGCGGGAUUGGGAGGUACAGUGGCAGAAGCAGCAGCGGGAUUGGGAGGUACAGUGGCGGCAGCAGCAGCGGGAAUGGCAGCAGCAGCAGCAGCAGACAACCGGGCAGGACGGUUGGGUCGUAAACAUGGAGCAGCAGCAGACGGGGCAAGAUGGUUGGUUCCCAAACAUGCACCAGCAGCAGACCGGGCAGGACGGUUGGGUCCCAAACAUGCAGCAGCAGCAGCAGCAGACUGGGCGGGACGGUUGGGAUCUAAACAUUCAGCAGCAGGAGGAGGAGCAGCCCUUGGAGCAGCAGCAGCAGCAGCACCAAGUCUCCUCACCCUGGGGCGAGAUCCCUCCCCGGGCCGAAGCAGCAACGGAGGUGCUGCAGUCUCCUCGUCAGCCUGUGCUGCUGGAGGAUCGGGUGGGCGCAGCAGCAAAAGUAGCAGCAGCAGCAGCAGUUGCUGCGGCUGCCCUUGGCAGCAGUGCCAACAUCUACCUGCCCUUCGAUACAGUGCCAGAGGCGGGGGAUAAGGUAGAUGCACAGCAGAAGCAGCAGCAGGAGCACCGACAUCAGUGGGAAGAGCAGCAGCUGCAGCUGCCGCAGCAGAAGCACGAAGGGGAUGAACAGCGCCAGCAGCAGCAGCAACCUGAGGAGGAGCAGCAGCCUAAUGACGCAGCACAAGGGGGGCCAUCAGCGGAAGGCAGGAAUGCUGGCAUUGCUGCUUGCAGCCUCGGCGGGGGCAGCAGCAGCAACAGCAGGAGCAGCAGCAGCAAGGAGGCACUGGAUCAAGCUGCCGAGUUGUGUUGGGGGGAGCCGCAAGCUCAGUGGCAGCGUCCGUACGUGGAGAGGCAGAAGCUGCUGCUGCCCCAGCAGCAGGAGGAACAGCAGCAGGAACAGCAGCAGGAGCAGCAGCAGGAGCAGCAGCAGCCCCUGCUGCAGGUUUCUCUCUCGUCUGGUGUGUCUGCAGAAGAAGGCCUCCGUACUCAAAGGAGCUUACCAUCAGCAGCAAGACUGCAUGCAUUUAUUGGUGUAUUAAAGGAUCGCCACAAGCAGCAGCGGCAGCUGCUGCUGCAGUUCCUCAACAGAGAACGAGAGGCCGCAGCAACGGCAGCUUGUCCUCUCCCUGCUGCUGCUGUUGCUGCUGCAGCUGCUGCUGCAGCGGCAGCAGCUGCUGCUGUACACGCAUCCGACCAGCCAGCAGGAGCUCGUGGAGCAUCCCCUUUCGUCCCCAGCAGCAGUGAGACUCAGAUAGACUCAGCAGCAGCAGCAGCAGCAACAGCAGGAACUUUAACAAAAGAAAACCCAUUCACAACUGGGCCAGAAGAACCCACGUCGUUACUAACAAGCCACCAGCCAGCAAUAGGAGGAGGGCUUGCUGCUGCUGCUGCUGCUGUUGAACCUGCUGUUUCUGCUACGGUGCCUGCUGCGGGUGGAGCAGGAGAUUCUAUGGUGCUGCUCCGACUGUUAGCAGCGCAGCGGCGGCAGCUGCAACAGCAGCAAGAAUUGCUGCAGAGACAGCGGCUGCAUAUAUCGCACCUGGAGCAGCAGCAGCAGCAACAGCAACAGCAUUUGCUGCUGCUCGAGGAAGAACUGCUGCUGAAACAGCAGCAACAACCGCAGCAGCAAGCUACCACUGACGAUUCCCUCAAAUGCAGCCACCUCAAAAGGCAGCAGCAGCAGCAGCAGCAGCACUUGGAGUCGCGGGUGCAGUUGUUGCAACUGCAGCUCGAGCUGGUACAGCAGCAGAUGUCCAUGCUGCUACAGCAGCAGAGCAGCAGCACCAACGGGACGAGCAUCGCAACAAACCUUCCUGAAGGUGGGCAUAUGGGGUCUUCCGUGCUGCAGCAGGAGGUGCAGCAGCUCCUGCAGCAGGAAGAAAAGCAGCAGCAAGUGCUGCUGUUGCUGGAGCAACAGGAGAUGCUUCAGCAGCAUGGUGUGGCCCAUCUGCUGCCUCUGAGCGUUUUUGAGCAGCUGCUAUCUGUGCAGCAGCCACACGAGCAGCAGCAGCAGCAGCAGCAGCAGCAGAUGCUGCUGCGGCAGCUGCUGCAGAUGAAGUGGCUGGAACGCUUUAAGAACAUACACCGGGAGAUAGGUAGCCACACUGCGAAGGAGCAGCAGCAGCAGCAACAGCAGCAGCAGCAACAACAAGUGCAGUUGCAUGCGGGGCUGGAACGACAGCUACAGCAGCAAGAAGAGCAGCUGGUGCUGCUAGAGCAACGGCAGCAGCAGGAGCUGCUGCUGUUGGAACGGCGAGACCGACAAUGGGAGGAGCAGCGGCAGCUUCUUGACAAGCGGCAGCAGCAGCUGGAGGAACAGCAGCAGCAGCUGCUGUUGUUCCAGCAGCAAAAGCAGCGGCAGUGGGAGGAGGAGAAGCAGCAGGAAGCGCAGAGGCAGCAGCAGCUCGUGCUGCAGCAGGAGCAGCAGCACAGACGAGGUAUGCAGCAGCGAGAAGAGCUCUAUACACUCCGGCAGCUGCUCUUUGAGCAGAUGCAGCAGCUGCUGAUGCAAGCAAAUGCUACCCCAACAAGGGGGUUUAAGCACAAGCAGCAGCAGCAGCAGCAGCAGCACGGACGGGCUCUUCUGCAACUGCUGCUGCAGCAAGAGGAGCAGAAACGUUCGCGAUGGACGCAGCUAGCGGAGCAGCAGCAGUUGGUGCAGCAGCAAUCCCCUCAGAAGCAGCAGCAUCGGUUUGCUGCUGUUCCUAUGGCAGAGGAUGGAGGGCAUGCACAUGCAGGGCACCAGCAAAACAUCAUCAGCAGCAGCGGGCGUGAUCCAGCUGCUGUUGCUGCUCUACAGACAGCAGCAGCUGCUGCUGUCUGUACAGCUGCUGCUGCCAAGAGCGUAGCUCUCGCUGCAUCAGAAAGUGCAGCAACAGCAGCAAUUGCUGCAAAACAAGCCGCUGCUGCUGCUGCUGAAAUUUCCAGUGACUACAACAGCAACCGCUAUGAAUCUGACAAGAGCAGCACAGGCAGCAGCGACAGCGGCAACAGCAGCAGCGACAGCAGCAAGAGCAGCAACAGCAGCACCGACAGCAGCAACAGCAGCAACAGCAGCAGAAGCAGCAGCAAUUGGCUGCCUCCCCCCGUUAUCAACACGGACUCAAUGCACACUUCAGACUUGAGCGUAGCGCAGGAGGCAGAGAAAACUGCUGCUGCUGCUGCUGCUAUAAACAUCAGCAUCCACCGGCAGCAAGAGCAGCAGCAUCAGCAGCGGCAGCAGCAGGAGCAGGAUCGCAGGCGCCGGAAGCAGCAGCGCCGAGAGCAACAGCAGCGCCGGCAGCAGGAGGUAGAGGAACUGCAGCAGCAAGAAGCUGAAGAGUCCGACGAUGAGGGUUCAACUACUAAUGACACUGCAUCAACACCUGCAGCACCAACGGCAGCAGCACAAGCAGCAGCAGCAGCAGCACAAGCAGCAGCAACACGGCCACAAGGCAGGCCCCUCAACCAUACCAGCGCCAACUUGCUGCUAAUCCUCGCCAAUGAACGGCAACGAAAACAUGAACAAGAGCAGCAGCAGCAGCAGCAGCUGUUGCAGCAGAAGCAGCAGCAAGAGGACCAGGAGGAACAGGAGGAGGACGAGGAAGAAGAGGAGGAAGAAGAAGAGGAGGAAGAAGAAGAAGAAGAGGAAGAGGAAGAGGAGGAGGAAGAGGAAGAGGAGGAAGAGGAAGAGAAGCAGCUGCUGUUACAGCAGCAGCAGCAGCAACAGCAGCAGCAGCGUCGACGAGAAGAACACAAAAUCGAUGAUGAUGAAGAUGACGAAGAAGACGAAGAAGACGAAGAAGACGAGGAAGAAGAAGAAGAGGAAGAGGAGGAGGAGGAGGAGGAGGAAGAAGAAGAAGAAGAAGAAGAAGGAGAAGAAGAAGAGAACGAAUCAUCAUUUUAUGCUGGUGCAGCAUAUUGUGAUUAUGAAAGCAGAGAAGAAGAAAUUGAUGAGCAGCAGAUACAGCAGCAAAAGCAACAAGACCAGCAGCAACUGCAGCAGAUGCUGCAGAGAGAGAGCACCAAUAAUAGAGAUCUUCCUUACGGAGGCUCUGAAGGAGAAGCCAACUGGCCGCAGCAGCAGCAGCAGCAGCAGCCGGGAGUCCCCCCGUUGCAGCAGCAGGGACAACAGCGAAGGCUGCAUGAGCAGCAGGAGCUGCUGCAGGCCAUGCACAAGGAGCAGCAGGAGAAGUUGCUGCAGCAGCAGCUCGGUGAGAGGGAAAAGCUAGAACAGCAGCAGCAGCGUCGGGCGAAUCAGCUGCAGCUGCUGCUGCUGGUACGUAACAGCAGCAACAGAAAUGACUCCCGUUCAAACGCCCAGCCUACAACACCUCGCCGUGAGGAAGCUGCUACCCAGCAGCAGCAGCAGCAGCAGCACCAGCAGCAGCAGCCGUGGUUUCAGGUUGGAACUGACGCGCAAAGCUACAACGCCAGCAGAUACGCUGCAGCAGAUGCUGUCGACAACAGGCAGCAGGUGCAGCAACAGCAGCAGCAGCAGCGGGGUUGGUUCAGAGAGCUUUCGCUGUCGCCGCACAGCACUGACCGGCCAAUACUCAGCAAAGCCGUGCAGCUCUCACGCGGCUAG